GCGGAGCCGCCCCCGGCCCCUCCCCGUUGGAGCCGGCCCGUGCGGCACGGCGCGGCCGGGGCCGGGGCCGGAGCCGGGCCGGGGCAGGUGGGCAGCGGCUGCUCGGGCCAUGGCGGGGGGCGGCGGGGGCUCGGCCGGCCUUGGGGGGCUGCUGGCCGUGCUGCUGGCCGGGCUGCUCGGCGGGGCGCGGGGUUUCGGCGAGGAGGAGGAGCGGCGCUGCGACGCCAUCCGCAUCGCCAUGUGCCAGAACCUGGGCUACAAUGUCACCAAGAUGCCCAACCUGGUGGGACACGAGCUGCAGGCGGACGCGGAGCUGCAGCUCACCACCUUCACGCCUCUCAUCCAGUACGGCUGCUCCAGUCAGCUCCAGUUCUUCCUUUGUUCAGUCUAUGUCCCGAUGUGCACGGAGAAGAUUAAUAUCCCCAUAGGUCCCUGUGGUGGCAUGUGCCUCUCUGUCAAAAGGAGGUGUGAACCUGUUUUAAAAGAAUUUGGAUUUGCCUGGCCAGACAGCCUAAACUGCAGCAAGUUCCCACCCCAGAAUGAUCACAACCACAUGUGCAUGGAGGGCCCAGGAGAUGAAGAGGUCCCCCUUCAUAGCAAGACCUCCUUGCAGCCUGGAGAAGAAUGCCACAGCAUGGGAUCUAAUUCGGAUCAGUACAUCUGGGUGAAGAGAAGCUUGAACUGUGUCCUGAAGUGUGGCUACGACGCUGGUCUCUACAGCAGGUCAGCUAAGGAAUUCACAGAUAUCUGGAUGGCUGUGUGGGCCAGUCUUUGCUUCAUCUCAACUGCUUUCACAGUCCUGACCUUCCUGAUUGAUUCAUCCAGAUUUUCCUACCCGGAGCGCCCAAUCAUAUUUUUGAGCAUGUGCUACAAUAUUUAUAGCAUUGCUUAUAUUGUGAGGCUGACUGUGGGCCGGGAAAGGAUAUCCUGUGAUUUUGAAGAGGCAGCAGAACCUGUUCUUAUCCAAGAAGGUCUUAAGAACACAGGAUGUGCUAUAAUUUUCUUGCUGAUGUAUUUUUUCGGGAUGGCUAGCUCCAUCUGGUGGGUUAUUCUCACAUUGACGUGGUUUCUGGCUGCAGGACUCAAGUGGGGCCAUGAAGCUAUAGAAAUGCACAGCUCUUAUUUCCAUAUUGCAGCCUGGGCUAUCCCUGCAGUGAAGACCAUUGUCAUUUUGAUUAUGAGACUAGUAGAUGCUGACGAGCUCACCGGUCUGUGCUACGUUGGGAACCAGAACCUAGAUGCACUGACGGGCUUUGUCGUCGCUCCGCUUUUUACCUACUUGGUCAUUGGGACUUUAUUCAUUGCAGCAGGACUCGUGGCCUUAUUUAAAAUCAGGUCUAAUCUUCAGAAAGAUGGAACUAAAACUGACAAACUGGAGAGGCUGAUGGUCAAAAUUGGUGUCUUUUCAGUGCUGUACACCGUCCCAGCAACGUGUGUCAUCGCCUGUUACUUCUAUGAGAUCUCCAACUGGGCCAUAUUCCGCUAUUCGUCAGAUGAUUCCAAUAUGGCAGUGGAGAUGCUCAAAAUCUUCAUGUCCCUCCUGGUGGGUAUUACAUCAGGUAUGUGGAUCUGGUCAGCCAAAACUCUGCACACGUGGCAGAAGUGCUCAAACAGACUGGUGAACUCAGGGAAAGUGAAGCGGGAGAAGCGAGGAGACGGUUGGGUGAAACCUGGGAAAGGGAACGAGACCGUGGUAUGAGAAAAGGACAACACCUUGAUGGUCUCACUGCUCUCCCCAUGAAGGACUGAUUGUGUGUAAGCAUUGCCGUGUAAAUGUUGGGAGUAGAGUAGGGAGAUGGUUACACAACCUGUCUCUGGGGGAUGGAAAAAAAAAAAAAAAAAAAAGCCUUAAGAAAUAAACAGCAGAAAGAUCAUGCUGCAAAUACAAUAGCCAUAAACCAUGCUGCCCAAAAUAGGAAAGCCCAGGGAGGCUUUAAAAGCUGUGAAAUAUCCAAACGCAAUAUCUUCCUUUUUUUUUUUUUCAAGCAGGAUGCAAUAUACUGAAGUCUUUAGAAGCUGAGGGACUAUAGCCCACAGCUGUGGGAUGUUGUUUUCUUUUCAUCGUUUUAUAGCUGAUGGAGGAAAGAUGGUCCAGGGCCAAAUACUGGGCUGAUUUAGGGUCCAGUUAUCAGAAGAUGGAGCACCCAGAACCUCACCUAGAGUCUUAUUUCUGAGUUCAGCCUCAUGAAGGAAGUGCUUGCUGAGGGUUGUGUCUUUAUGCCCUGGGGAAUUCUGUUGCUCCCAUAUGCUGCACAAGUCAGCCAAGGAUCAGAUCCUCCAACAAGUACCAAGCAGACAUUUCAGGUCUGAGAGUUACCCAUGAUGAGCAGGAUCUAGUGAGGUGUUAGUGAGGACAAUUUCUUUAAGUCAUGUGAUGGUUUAAUAAUAAUUUUGACUCAUUCUUUUUACCAUCUGUAACCUGGUCCAAAUUGAGAGUUGACUCUGCCUUGCAGGAAUUUGGACCUCCCUAGGUCCCUUUCCACCUGAAUUGUUGUUCUGUGGCUCUAUGAACAUUUCUGAUUUUUUUUUUUAAAGCUUUACUCAAGGCUAUUGUUAGAAUUAGAGGAGUCAGUGGGAGCUAGGAAACUUUGUAUGGUCGUCUGCAUUGGUUAUUGUUACCUGUCUGCCCCUGUUCCUGUCCCUUCAGGGGCUCCUGCUAUUUCCAGUGGACUACUUUAUUCUGCUGCUUUAAUAGCUUUAAAUAAAGUCUUACAUUAUAUUGUUCCUUCCUCCAGGAAAGAUAAAAAUCAGUUGAGGGUCUCUUCAAACAAUGCCAGUUUUCUUCAAGUAAGCUUAUCUGUCUCCUUCUGGAGACCCAUUGCAUCAAGCAAUUAAGUCUUAAUAUAUUUCACUCAAUCUGAUGGUAUCUCUGCAGAUGCCAGUCUGGGGAGAAGCAAAAUGUUAAGUGCCUUGGCAAACUUCUGUUCACACUGACCAGUUGUAUAAUUAUGUGUGUCAGUUACAAUUAAAAGAACAUUCUCAGUCCAUGACAUCGCAGUAUAGCUGGCUGCCUCACAAUGAUGCUUCGAUUGCUCACUGACAGCUAUGGAGAUUUUUAAAAAAUACAUAUAUAUAUAUGUGCAGAAUGUGAGCAGACAUUCAGUCCUCAGGAAUCGUGAGAAACAAUUCCAGUUUUUGUGAAGAAUUCACAAGAGAAGAGAACCAACUUCUUGGUCUCUAAUGAUGUUUCAUAGCAUCUGUUGAGUUUUCUUACCCUUUUAUUUGAAGAUGCAUCGGCUUGUGCUCAUGAGGAGCUUGAACCUUAUGUUGAGGGCUUGUUUGGCUAAUAAGAAAGGUGAUGCAAGUAGAAAUAGCCCAGAAGCACUUAAGAGAACACUGUUUUGAUGCUUUGUCCCUUUGAAGGACCUUCAGUGCACCCUAAGCUUUUGCUGCAUUGGUUUGUCUGGAACUUGGUCAGCUGUGGAGCAGCCCCUCGGUGCCCUGACCUGCAUGACCUCCGAGGGCAGCUGAGAACAGGCACUGCUUUAUUACAGUCCUCACUUUUCACACAGGUGCCCCAUGUGCUUCCCAAAUCACAAUUCAUUCCAGCUCUGCCCAUGAGCACUAAUCUAUCCCAGAAGUGUGUAUUGUGUCAAUGUUGAAACAUGUGCUAGAGAGCAUUAAAAAAACAACUAACACCAAACGAAAACCAAAAACACCCCACAAAACCCAAACCCCAAACAAACCCUCAUUGCAAUCUUUGUGGUUGGGCUCCAUCUCCAGCAGAACAAGUGACAACUUAACACAUUCUGCUCAAGAUGCACAAGCAUUGUCUUGGCACAGGCCAUAUACCAGCCCAGCUUUUUCUUCCUCUCCAUAAAGCCUCUCACUAUUAGUGUUGUAUUUGGAUCUGAUUAUUCCCCUGUGGCCAAGAAGUUCUGCAAGGAGGAUAUGUUCAGAUGGCUGAACUUCUCUAUCACAUGAUCUUGCUCCUGACCCAGCAAGGGAUGUAAAGUUAGACAUAUGUUGACUUUCAAGUGGUGAGGAUGCAUUAGGAUCAUUGUCUUGCAACCUGGCAUUGGGCUGUGCCAAGGUGUCACAUUUACUCAAGUGUCCUUCACUGUGAAACAGUUUGGAUACUCUUCCGACCCCGUCUGACCCCUGUUUGACCUGAAUGAUUCAAUAAAUGGCAUUUUUAACCAUGUUAUGUACACAGAAGUGUAUGCUAAGUAGUACCUUGUUAUCAGAUCCCUGCAUCUGCCUGUGACCCUGUGGACUGUGACACGAUGUCCCCAAUGUUUUUAGAUGCUGGAAGUGAGGUGGAUGAGAAUUGCACUGCGUAGCCCUAUGAGGAAUCUGGGAGGAUAUUCCAUUAAAGAGUGUGAGGAACUUAAAUACUAUGUGGAGGAGGUGGGCUGGGGAGAGGCACCAGCUGCUGUUCCUGAAGGAACAUCUUUCCCAAUCACUCAGGGGUGCACUGCACCAGUGCCAAGUCAGAUUAGCUGUUGUAACAAUCAAACUGUUCCAUAAAUGUGUUCAUCCCCGUGCAUUUACCUUGCUCCACUUUGGGCUGUGUGAGUGGGAAGUCACAGCAGAUAACCUAGAACUGGCACUUACCAAGAGCGGGUAUCUGCAGCUUUUAUGUUCUCCCAUUUCAACGUUGUUAUGAAUUUAAAGCCAAAAAAUGUGUGACUAAUCCUGUCUUGGAAGAGCAGUUGCUGCAGUUACACAAAUAGAAACUUUGCAGCAGUUACUUUCCUUGCACAGUCCCUGCUCCCUUCUCCCCCCUGGCGUGUGCUCUUCUCACUGCAGGUUUCAGAAGCAUCUGCCGGAGAGGCUCUUCUGUUAAACAGACAAGUUGGCUCCUUUUUCUGCAUUUUAAGGAAAUAGACACUGAUUAUUUUGGGGUGUACAGAAAAUAUACCUACUUCGAUGUAUGUACUGUAAAUUUCUAAUUUAUCACUGUAAAAAAAAACCAAAACAACAACUUUGCUAUUUAAUUUUUAUAUCAAAAUAAAAUUUUAAUCUCUGUGAAUAGUGAAGGUGUUCCUAGCAGCCCUCAUGUUUUUGGUGAGUUUGUUUAUUAAAUUGGCUUAAUCACUGGAAAUGCUUCUUUUUCCCUGAAAGAUGAAGGACGGAAAUGCUCAUGGUGUGGUGAAGGGAUGCUCUAAAUGGGUUGAUCCAGCACAGUUUGGAUCUAAGUGAGAGAAAUAAUAGAACAAACAUCAGUGGGCAAUGGUGAAAGCAGGUGCAUGCUUCAGGGCUUGCACACAGGCUGGGCAGAAACCCUCAAAGAUGGCACACAGGUCCAAGGCUCUGGCUGGGGAUGCAGCUGGAGCUUUGGGCUCUAAUGAGCAUGUCCCCAAAACUGAAUGGGAGUGCAAGAUGGAAGCACAACCAUCCACUGCUGCAGCACUGCUGUGGUGUGACUCCUGGGGAGAGCAGAACCUCCUGUAAGGCUCCUUUUUAUUUCAGGUGUUAUGGAAUUUAUGGAAUAUGUGCAUCCAAAGAUGCACUUGAGCAUUCAGAUCCUGGGUGUGUGGUGGAGGGGGACAGUGUCACCACCUGCCUGUUCAGUAUAUGAGAACAAAGUUUGCCUUUUGGAAGAGGCAAAUUCUGCUCUUAUUAACAUACUUGAAACGAGUUUGUCCUAGGGGUAACUUCAGCCCUUCAGAGAACAGAAUAAAUUAAUUGUCUACAUUUUAUUGUUUUUUGUUUUUUGGUUGGUUUUUUUUAAUAAAUGAAGCUUAUUAAUGCUC